AUGGUUAGAAAGGAAAUCGGCAUACCGAUCAGCGAGUCUAUCUUCUGGACAGACAGCACCUGUGUUUUGGGCUACAUCGCCAGUGAAGACAAACGGUUUCAUACUUUCGUGGCAAAUCGUGUCGCAGCAAUACAAGAAGCUACAUCCUCUUCUCAGUGGAAACACGUUGGCACAAAGCAAAACCCAGCAGACAACGCUUCCCGUGGCCUCUCGGCUGAAGCCUUGCUGAAGGGCGAACGUUGGUCAACAGGACCAGACUUCCUUAGGAAAUCUGAAAGGUUCUGGCCAAGUCAACAGUUUACAGACUGUACAGUCACAGAUAACGACCCGGAUCACAAGUGUUUUCGGCAAACGUAG